GACCCGAUCCCUGAAAUGGGGCCGACCCGUUUCCUUUUCCCCAGCCUUCAUUACAGAAUUCUGGCUGCUCAAAGAUGGCGUCUUUCACAUAGGCACUGUCGCACUCUUUCUAAUCAUCGCAAGAUGUUGUCGAUGUCGUUUCAACCCCCCACAACAACAACCAGAAAAAACUUGCUUUCCAAAAACCUUCUCUUUGAACCCUUUAUCAAAACCUCAGUCUAUCUCAAACCGCAUUCACAAAGCCCUUCCACAAAACGAUUCAAACUCAAUUUAUCUUCUUCAUUGCCGAUAGUUGAUCCAAUACUCAACCAACAGCCUCAUGUAGAUGACUCUGACUUCAAUUUCCCAUCACAGAAACAGAAGCUUGGAGUAUUUGUGAAGCCAAAUAAGAAACCAAGGCUUGUAUUGAAGUUCAUUUGGAUGCAAAAUAACAUUGGAGUUGCACUAGAUCAAAUGAUACCAGGACAUGGAACAGUCCCUUUGAGUCCUUAUUACUUUUGGCCACGGAAAGAUGCCUGGGAAGAGCUUAAGGUUAUGCUAGAGAGCAAGCCAUGGAUUUCUCAGAUGGAGAGGAUCAACCUCCUCAAUCAGGCUACCGAUAUCAUCAACCUGUGGCAAAAUGGCAGUGGCAAUUUGUAGAAAGUUUUGGUUAGUUUGUGUUAUAGUCUGAUAAAUCCUGAAGGCCAGGUUUGUUUUGUGAGAUGUUGGGAAUUUUUGGGACUUUUGUAUUUCUCGUGUUAAAUUUAAGCGGAAUCAAGUUUUGUUUACUUA